GCUAGGAGCAGUCGGCGCUAAUGUGUCGCCCUCGAAGUCCAACUCUCAAUGUUUCCACUGAGCGAAGUGCGUCAUUCAACGCGAACGAGACGAAAUUCAUUUUAACUUUUUUUUUUUUUUUUUUUUGAAGACUGGAUUUUUAAAAAGAAUUCCCCCGGACGUCGGUUUACGUCCGACCGGAAACGGGUUCGCUAGUCCCCCAGUUUGGUUUUUAAAACCGUCCGGUGUUUGUUUCUGGGACGGUUCAAAGUGCGCGAUGCCAGUGAACGGAGGGGGGCUGCUCUCCCUGAGCAGAUACGCCACCCAGUAUUUCACCAACCCGGUCAUGGAGGAGACGGUGUGGGAGCAGUACACCGUGAGCCUGCAGAGGGAUCCAAAGAUGGGCUUUGGCAUCGCAGUGUCGGGGGGGCGGGACAACCCCAACGAGGAGACUGGCGAGACGUCCAUCGUGGUGUCUGACGUCCUGCAGGGGGGACCUGGCGACGGCUUCUUAUUUGAGAAUGAUCGGGUGGUGCAGGUGAACGCCAUCCCCAUGGACGGAGCCACUCACUCCUUCGCCGUCCAGACCCUCAGGAAAUGUGGCAAAGUGGCAAAAAUUACUGUGAAGAGGCCCAGGAAGGUUCCGGUCAACCUGCUGAACCGUCCGUCUUCGCCCGACGACAGAGUCUUCAACAACGACUACAACGACGACUACAACUACGACCAGGACCGCCGCAGCGUGUACAGUGGGCGGGACCACAGCCCGGAGAGGGAGCGCGGCGGCUACACGGAUUCCGGCUACCAGACGCACGAGCGGGACCAUGACCGGCGGGAGCGCGGCAGGAGCACGGAGAGAGACCUCAGCCCCGACCGGCAGUACCGGAGGGACGGCAGCAGAGGUCGCACCUUGGACCGAGAGCGCAGCCCGGAGCGCCACCACAGGAGCGACCACGUGCUCAACCGGGAGUACAGCCCGGACAGGAAGGUGGACCGAGACCACAGCCCGGACCGCCGCUACCGCAGCGAGAGGGCCCUGGACCGGGAGCACAGCCCGGACCGGCGCUACCGCAGCGAGCGAACCCUGGACCGCGGCAACAGCCCCGACCAGCGCUACAGGCGCGACAGCCCCGGGCGAGGCCACGGCCGCGACCACAGCUUCGAGAGGGGGCGGCUCCCCGUCGACCCGAGGAAGUACGACGAGCCGGUGAGGCGGAGCGGCAGCAGGGAUCGCCUGGACCGCUCACCGUCGCCUAUCGCCCUGCCCAUCCCGCUGCCCCGACCGGCCCGCGACCUGGAGCCGCUGGAGAAACCGGUGAACGUGCUGCUGCUGAAGAACCGACCCAACGAAGAGUACGGCCUACGUCUGGGCAGCCAGCUCUUCAUCAAGGAGAUGACCAGCACCGGACUGGCGAGCAGGGACGGGAACCUGCAGGAAGGAGACAUCAUACUGAAGAUCAACGGCACCGUGACGGAGAACCUGUCCCUCAGCGACGCCGGCAAGCUGAUCGAGAAGUCCCGCGGGAAGCUGCAGCUGGUGGUGCAGCGGGACAAGCAGCAGGUGCUGAUCCGCGUCCCGCCGAUGGUCGACAGCGACUCCGAGCUCGACGAUAUCUCAGAGAUCGAGUCCUACCGCUCCUACUCGCCGCAGGACGACCGGCGGGGCCACCACUCGGACCUCUCGUCCCACUCCUCCAAUGAGAGGCUGAGAGAGAAGCCCAGAGAGGACCCGCCCAACAGGCUGGCAAAAAUGGGCGCCAUGCCGACGCCGUUCCGAGUUCCCGACAGAGCUGUGGAAGACAUGCCCCCUUUGCAGGCAGAGAGGGAGGAGCCACCGCAGACGCCACCAGCAAAACCAGCAGUCGUCGUCGCUGCAGCACCGAAGGUUCACGCUCCUCCGAGGGUUCCGCUGAAGCCGAGUUUAGAAGACCAGGAAGUUUACGGACCGAACACGGUCAUGGUGCGUUUCCAGAAAGGCGAAAGCGUCGGCCUGAGGCUGGCGGGAGGAAACGACGUGGGCAUCUUCAUCGCCGGCGUUCAGGAGGACAGCGCCGCUGAGCAGGAGGGUCUCCGCACGGGGGAUCAGAUCAUGAAGGUGAACAGCACGGACUUCAGGGGGAUGGUGCGUGAGGACGCCGUGCUCUUCCUCCUGGAGGUUCCUAAAGGGGAAGACGUAACCAUCCUCGCUCAGAGUAAACCUGAAGUGUACGAGGACAUCUUAGCAUCCGGCCGAGGCGACUCCUUCUUCAUCAGGACCCACUUUGAGUACGAGAAGGAGGCGCCGCAGAGCCUCCCGUUCUCCAGAGGGGAGAUCUUCAAGGUGACGGACACGCUGUACGACGGCAAGCUCGGCAACUGGCUGGCGAUCCGCACCGACAAAGACAACCAGCUGCUGGAGAAGGGAAUCAUCCCCAACAAGAGCAGAGCAGAGCAAAUGUCCAACGUGCAGAACGCCGCCCGAGUCGCGUCGGGCAACGACCGAGGAGACUUCUGGAGGCUGAGAGGUCAAAGAGCGGCGAAGAAGAAAGAUCUGCGCAAGAGCCGAGAGGACCUGACCGCCGCCCCGGUCACCACGCGGUUCCCCGCCUACGAAAGAGUGGUCUUACGUGAAGCUGGAUUCCGGAGGCCUGUGGUGAUAUUUGGGCCCAUUUCUGACGCAGUCAACGAAAAACUGGCCAACGACAUGCCCAGAGAGUUCGUCGUCGCCAAAACGGAGCCUAAAGACGCAGGAAGUGAGAAGUCCUCCGGAGUGGUGAGACUCAACACCAUUCGACAGAUCAUCGAACAGGACCGCCACGCUCUCCUGGACGUGACCCCCAAGGCCGUGGACACGCUGAACUACACGCAGUGGUAUCCCAUCGUCGUCUUCCUGAACCCCGACAGCAAGCAGGGCGUCAAGACCAUGAGGAGCCGCAUCGCGCCCGGGUCCAGCCGCAGCGCGCGCAAACUGUACGAGCAGUCGGUGAAGCUGCGGAAGACGUACUCGCACCUCUUCACGGCGACCAUCGACCUGAACUCGGCCAACGACGCGUGGUACGGCGCCGUGAAGGAUUCUAUCCAGCAGCAGCAGGACCGAGCCGUGUGGGUGUGCGAGGGCAAGCUGGAAGGUUCCGAGGAGGACCUGGAUCUCCACGACGACCGCAUGUCCUACCUGUCGGCGAUGAGCGCCGACUACCUGAGCAUGGACAGCCGCCUGACCAGCGACUACGAGGACACGGCCGACGAGGGCGGGGCCUACACCGACAACGAGCUGGACGAGACGCUGGACGAGCCGCAGCCCGUGUCGGCCAUCAGCCGCUCGUCGGAGCCCGUGCUGCCGGACGAGAAGCUUCACUCUGUGCCUCGGGCUCGUAUGAGGAGGUCAGGGAGCAGAGAGAGGCUGCACAGAGACCCCAGCCCUCCCCCUUCUUUUGUCCCCGAACCCCCGAAGGUGCGGGCGCAGACUCGGACCGACUCGACGCGCAGCUACGACUCUCACUCCAGCAGCACCAUCAGCAGCGACGCGGUGGGCGGGAACAGGCCGCUGCCCCCGCCCGUGGCCCUGAAGCCCGUCGUGGGCCGCCUGAACCCGCCCGCGGAGGAGCAGGGCCCCAGGAGGGAGGAGGACGACCCCGCCAACAAGUCCUUCCUGGGAAAAAUUAAAGCGUUUGAGAAGAUGGACCAUCUGGCUCGAGCUCAGAGGAUCCUGGAGCUGCAGGAGGCGGAGAACGCUCGAUUGGAAAUCGCCCAGAAGCAUCCAGACAUCUACGCCAUCCCAGUGAAGCUGCCAAAACCCAACCACAACCGUCCCCAGCCAAUAGGUUCGAGCUCCAACCCCGAGCCCCAGGCUCCGUCCAGGCCGAUGUACUCGGAGACGAGGGCGCACGACGACGACGAGGCCGAGUACCGCCGGCAGCUCGCCGACCAGACCAAGAGAGGAUACUACAACCCCCAGAAAUACAAGGACACUGAGCUGUGAGGACACCCAGGACGUGACGUCAUCACCGCACACCGCCGUCGUCAGAGCUGGUCACCGUGGUAACGGCUUCUGCAGCUUUACCUCGAUGUAAAAAACUCUCUGAACUUUGUUUUUUUUUAGUUUGUAGUCGGACUCCUGGAAAGAUUUUUUUAGUAUCAACACUGAUUUCAGGCACUUUUCAAUACCGGUGUCUCACUACACGUUGUACUUCACAUGUACACAAACAGUAUAUAUGGAGUUUUGUGUAUGAAAAAGGGUUUUUGUUACAAGCAAGUCUCACGAACACUAAGCCUCUCGUGUUCUACCGUCACGUUCAAGUAUCUCUGAAAAAUCAGACGUUUGAAAAGCGCUGUUCAGAAUCCCUUUCCAGAAUCCACACUCGUAAGCAUGAGAAUACAUACGUCCGCUAAAGCUAACGCACUAACUUGUCCCUGAAAUGGAAUGCAUCCUUCUUUAGUUCUUGUACCACCUCUUCUUUAAACUUUCACAGGAAUCAUUUCAGUAUUUUUCCAGUAAUCCUGCUGACAGUCACACGAGCUGCAGUGAAAACACAACCUCCUUGGCGGAAUCGCUCUGUGGAUUGAACAUAUUUUACGUCCAGAUGUUCAGACUAAAAAGUCUCUUGAAUAUUCUAGAAAUGCCCUCGGAACAGAAUCAACAAGCUCCUGAAUGUUUCACAGAUCGUCUGGGAUACGAAUGAAUAAAUCUUUCAGGAGAACAGACGAUUCGCAGGAUGUGACGGUAAAACACGAGAGCACUUUACUUCACUUCCUGUAUGUUUCAGACGCCGCGCAAAAACAGCUGCUCGUCUUCCCCGUCACUCUCCUUCCUCGUGUCCUCGUUGUAUUAACACUACGCUGUAAUGUGUGUGUGUGUGUGUUUUCUGGGAUGCAGCAUAUUUUCAAGUGCCUUGCAGCUUCAGUUAAAUCACACAGUCAUUUUUUACAGCAUCAACGAUCUCACCGAUUCACUUUUGUCAAAACGGACAAAACGCAGGUUGUAGAUCCAAACUGUAAAUUUCCUUCCCACUGUUUUAAAAUACAGAAAGAUCUUAUUAAUGCAACCUUAAUACGUUAGAUACAACUUUGCAAUGACGUCAUAGACGGAAAACGGUCAAACCGUCUCACGAACAGGAAGUUGAGACGAUGUUUGAGUCGGACGUCGAGACGUUCCUGCUGAAAAUCCUGUUUUUAUUGCUCACUAUGUUUUUAUAUUGAAUAUUUGCUGCACUCUGUCCAGUCUUGUUAAAUACGGGAGUUUUAGGGGAAAUGUGGUGAAGAUGACAAUCAUGUUGGUUUGAUCUGCUUCUUUUUUAAUGUCUGUCUGUGAUUUCAUUUUCUUCUUCUUUUUUUUUUUUUAGUCUGAUCUUCUGAGUGUCCUACUGGACUCUCGGGGAAAUUCAAUGAAUAAAUCUCUUUUUUAAA